AUGGAAUCGUUCCCCAAGUUCCUAAGGUCCGACACCCACCAGUUCAAAGACUCGGCGUUUCCUCCGUUCAAGGUGGAGCACCGCUACAGGGGAGUCUACGAAAGAGCAGGCUUUGACGUCAACUUGGGCGGAUCCACCGCCCAAGAUAGCCGCUCGAUCCACUCCAAGUCGUCAGCGUCUCGUCGCAGGUACCCAACGCCUCCCAAGUCGACCUCGCCCACCUCCACCACCAGCUCGCCAUUGAGCCCCCACUUCAACCCCCACAAGGGCUACCAGACGGCUUCCAGCACCCCCAACAUCUCGCUCCACCACCAGCAGCCAUUGCCGCCACAGACAAAGCCUGCCAAGGCCUAUGGCUACGGGUAUCCCUCCAACAAGAACCCCUACGGCCAGCCUCCCCAGUCUGCGCCUGCCACAGGCUCGUUUCCCGACAUGAACCGCUCGGCUCCUCAGUUGCGCAACGAGUACAAUCCCUCGACCUACUCAGGGUCGGCAGUGCCGCCAGCAGUCCCCCAGAUGGCGUCUCCCGACUCCAUCCACCACCAGCCCUACGCUCCCAAGUCCCAGGGCUACAGACCUCCGCUGGAUGAUAACUUCGACUUCAGCCCCAGCUCCAACAUGUCUGCCAGUAAGAACAUCAAAAACCUCCACCUCGACUUGAACAACGAAACCCCCGACAUAGACAGCUUAUCGGAGAGCGAGAACGAAGCCAACCCGUUGUCGCCUAAGGCAGACUCCUUCAACGACACCAGCAACACAUCGGUCGACCAGAACUACCCCCGCGGCCACAGUCACUCGUCCAGUGUCCAGUCCACCAAGAAGUUCGAUCCCCGUCAAAAGAGACACAACAAGUCGGCCUCCUUCAACACCUCACCAAACUCACAGAAAGAUAGGUUAUCCUCAGCCUUGGAUGAGUUCAAGAAGGACGUCGAGGUCCACAAGACCCAGGCAGUAGCCACCCCACCCUCCAUCAACGUCGUACCACCUGUGUCUGAGUCCUCCCCUGCCAAAAUCCCAAAAAGCCACAACCAGCACGGCGCUACUCAUGCACCAUAUCCCGUGGAUAACGAUUUCUCUUAUGGCAACCCAGUGGACUCUCCAGAGCCCUCUAAACAGUUCGAUCAGUUCCGCGACCAACACCAUAAUGCAGACGAGGGCUUGAAUACUGAUUAUCAAAAGUUCUUGGGUGGAGGCACAUCUAAAAUCAACAGAACCAGUCAAUUGUCGAUGGUGAGUUCUAUCAUCUCGAAAGACUCCAUGUACAACGAAGAGGAUGACGAAGUUGAAAAGGAAUUGGAGAGGCAGUUGGAAACCUUAAAGUUGGCUGGUAACUCCAGUAAUAUUGAGGGUAACGGCUCCACCAGGUCUGUCAGUAAUGACGACAACUCCACUAUUCAAUAUCCCCCUCAGGCGGCUUCUAUUCCUGUGUUCAAUAUUGUGGAUGCAGACAGCGAGCCCAUCAAAACCCCAGCAAACCCCACAUUUACCAUUCCAACCAUCACCACAACCUCACCAGAACGCUCGAUGAAGGGCGUACCACAAGACGAGUAUUCUCUGCAUGGUGGAAGCGACAGCACUCGCUCCGAGUCUGAGAACAUGGCAGACUUAGAUGAUGUUUCUUCUACUGCAUCCUAUGAGUCUGUCAAACCAUUGUCAGUUCGUCACUCGCACAUUCCGCCAUUGGAAAGAAGAGCCAACCUCUCGCAGUCAGAAGUUCCAUAUCCGCAGGAAUACGAGCAAGCCCCCAGAAACGUCUCCUUUAACGACGUGAUAUUGAGCAACACACCAGGAGCAAACCGUCCUGUGAAUUUCAACGACUCUUCGCCUGACUCCAACGAUGCUUUGGAUCUUGAUGAUGUUAAGCCAUUGAGCCCAAAGAACCAUCAAGUCGAGGAAGAACUCAAGGGCAUCAAUUUCAGACUCGCACAACCAACCGAAGAAUUGGACGAGGCUCCAAUGGCCAGUCCUUAUAUUCCAAGCACCACCACUACCACCAGCUUGCCCUACCCAGUGGACACGCCACCUAUGAGAGACCUGGUUCAGUCAUCAGGCACUUUUGCUAAUGAAGAGGUCAAAUAUCCACCAGGGCAAGGGCCAUGUCGUAAGUGUGGGCUUGAUGUGUUGCCAAAUGCUAGGGGUCCCCAGAGAUCAAUUUACUCUAAAACAGGAGAAUUAUCAGGACAGUGGCAUAGAGGCUGUUUCUCGUGUAAUCAUGAGGGAUGUAACAUUUCAUUUAACAAGCAUGUCCAGUGUUAUGCUUACAGUGACCGUCCAUACUGUAACCAUCACUACCAUCAGUUGAACGACACCAUUUGUGAACACUGCGCUUUGGGAAUAGAAGGCGAGUGUAUCGAGAAUGAAAUCGCUCAAAAAUGGCAUUUGCACUGCUUGACAUGUCACAGAUGUCACAACACGAUCAAUGCCGACUAUUACUUGAUCAAUGGCCACAUUAUUUGUGAAAACGAUGCCCUUAAGAUUAUCAAUGGUGGUGAAGCCUACAGCGAUGAGAAUGGAAAUUUGAUAGCUGGAGGUAUAUCGACAAAUGAUAAGAUUGAAAAGAGAAGAACCAGACUUCUCUUUGUUGAAUAA